AUGGUGCGAGCAGGGGAGAAAGCAGAUGCUCCAUCGCACGGCAAGAUCUUGGACUCCCUUCCCGCUGGUCUCGCACCAUAUGGCGAGCUGAUGCGAAUUCAUCGACUGUUGGGGUUCUACCUUAACACCUCCCCUUAUCUUGUUGGCGUUGCAUUUAGUGCAUCGAUCGCAUCCACAAAGGUACCAAUCGGUGUCCUAUUGAACCGCGCAAUUCUUCUGUCAGUCUGGUCCAUCUUCUUGCGCUGUGCCGGAUGUGUCUGGGACGACCUCAUCGACAUGGACUUGGAUAGCCAGAUCUCCCGUACAAAAGAUCGACCACUCCCGCGAGGAGCCGUGUCACCAAUAACCGCCUUCCUUCUUACAGUUUCUCUCUUCGCCUGUGGAGGAAGCGUCCUGGUCUUUCUUCCUUCGCCUUGCGCUGCGGAUUGUUUGAUCAUAACGUUCUUUGCACUGCUGUACCCUUUCGGCAAGCGGUUCACUGAUUAUCCCCAGAUCACCUUGGUGAAUAUUGGAUGGGCUGUUCCAAUGGCAAUGCACAGUAUUGGCCUAGACCCUCUAUCUCAAAUCAAGCCUACUGUAUGCAUGUUUCUCUUUAUUGGCCUGGUCAUCAUCAUGAUCGAUGUCAUUUACUCACGCCAAGACACGGCGGAGGACUUGAAGGUCGGGGUGAAAAGCAUGGCGGUCCGGUUCCGGAACUCUAUUCAAAUUCUGUCAUACUCUCUCCUCUACGCAUCAACUGGAUUUCUCGCAAUUGCUGGAUAUUUGACUGGACUUGGCCUACCAUUCUUUGUGUUGUCGGUUGGUGGACACUUCGUUGGUUUCUCGGUCCUCCUUCGUGUGACACAGGUAGGAAAAUCGAGCGGUGUUGAGGCAUACGCCAAAUCUGCGUUUUUCCUGGCUACACUGUUCUGGUUAUUCGGGUUUGCGAUUGAAUAUUGCAUGCGCGGAUAG